AUGGAGGUGGCCGUAAUGCUUGACUUAAAUCACACAAAUCUUGUCCGGCUGUGUGGCUGGGAUUUUCAAAAGGAGAGUCUCUAUAUCAUUACUGAACUAGUACCCGGUGAAACCCUAGUUGCUUACCUUCAAAGGGCAAAGAAAAAGGACCUGCGCAGUCUGGGCCUGGAGGACAUAGUGCUGGGCAUAGCAGAGGGUUUGCAAUACCUGCAGGCCCGUAUGUUAGUUCAUCGAGAUCUAGCUGCGCGAAAUAUAUUUCUGGACAAACACAAGGACAAUAAUCCAAAGGUUGGCUUUUCGUUUCCUUUCUCUCACUGUGUUUGCAUGUACUACAUUUUGCUGCUUCUCAUCGUCCAUGUAUUUGCGCUGCUGAAUAGUGGAGUUAUAUUAACAAGCUCUCAUCAGGCACAAAAUAGUAUAACUUACAUAGAUCACAUUGUUCUCACCGGAAUGAGUUGGUUUGUACGCUGA